AUGUACGGAUACAUACUAUUUGGAACGACAACGUUCCUCCUCACUGCGUACUUUAUCAUCUGGCCAGUCGUCGAGUACUUCCGCGAUCCCAAAGGCCUCCGCAAAUACCCCAACUUCAACUUCCUCUCCGGCAUCACAGAUCUGAGUUUCUGCUAUGAAGCUCACAAGGGCUUUCGAUCAGAGGCUCUCCUCAAAGCACACCAGACAGCACCAGUUAUCCGAAUCGGACCAAACUCACUCUCCUACUCAGACCUCUCAGCCAUCAAGGACAUCUACGGCCACAACACCAAGUGCGUAAAAGACGUCUUCUACGACACCCUAGCCGGCACACACCACCACCUCGCCGACGCCAGAGAUAAGCUCGACCACCAACGCAAACGGCGGAUCCUCUCCAGCGCCUACGCGCUCAAGAACCUCGAGGGCUGGGAACACAAAGUCGCCGACAAAACCGACCGCUUCAUCCUCGCCGCCGACAAAGCGUGCACUUCUCCCCUCAAAAAAGGCGAGAAGCCCACCCCGCAAGACCUCACCUUCGACUACCGCGCCUACGCCAACUUCUUCACCCUCGACGCCAUCGCCGACAUAGGGCUCUCGGAACGCCUCGGCUUCCUCGACCAGGGCCACGACCUCUGCACGGCUGAGACUAUGGGCGGGAAGCUCUACAAGGCUAACUACCGGGAGUGUCUGCAUGCUACUGCGCGCGCGCAGUCUGGGCUGGUGUGGUGCUAUGAGUGGUUCCCCGUUCUGUGGAAACUCUCGAGGUUCGUGUCGAAGGACUACGCGCGCAUGCUCGAGCUGAACGAAGGCUGGAACGAUAUUGUGUGGCACAGAGCGACGCAGCGGUUAGCGCGGUACCGCGCGGGCGAGAAGCUGGAUGAUUUCUUCAGCGCGCUGAUGGAGGAUAAGAAUGGGAAUCCGAACGGGAUGGAGUGGGGUGAGAUCGUGGCGGAGAUAUCCAUCAUGAUGAAUGCUGGGUCGGACACGACUGCCAUUGCGAUGAACAACGCCAUGUACUUGCUGCUGGCUAAUCCGUCUUGUUUGGAGAAGUUGAGGGAGGAGCUGGAUGCCGUGAUUGAGCCGUCCGAGGUUACCAUUCCGUAUGAUAAGGUUAGGCAUUUGCCGUAUUUGAGGGCGUGUUUGGAUGAGGCGCUGCGUAUGUACCCGCCUUCUACGUUCGGUCUUCCUCGGAGGACUCCACCGGAGGGUGCGCCGAUCUUGGGGGAUUUCAUACCGGGUGAGACGUCCGUCUCCAUCUCUGCGUAUGUUGCGCACAGGGAUCCGAAAGUGUUCCCUGAGCCGGAGCAGUUCCGUCCUGAGAGGUGGCUGGGGGAUGAUGCGAAGGAGUUGCAGGCUGCGUUUAUUUCGUUUAGCACGGGUGCUAGGGGGUGCAUUGGUAGGAAUAUCUCGUAUUUGGAACAGACGGUUUUGUUGGCGAGUGUGGUGCAUCGCUUUGAGUUUGCGUUGCCGUAUGAGGGGUGGGUGCCGGAUAGGUAUGAGAGCUUUAAUUUGGCGCCUGGGCCGAUGCCUUUGAAGGUGUGGAGGCGGUUCCCGGAUGAGCAGGAAUGA